GGAGACUCGUACUCCCAGACCGGCUUCGACGUUACCCUGGCCAAGCCGAGUGCCGCAAACCCAAUCGGCAACCCAGCUCUGCCAGGCUACACGGCCAGCGGCGGGCUGAACUGGGUCGGCUUCCUCGCCUCGCAGUUCAACGCGUCCACGCUCCUCACGUACAACUUCGCCUACGGCGGCGCGACCACCGACGCUGACCUGGUGACGCCGUGGCAGCCGACCGUGCUCAGCUUCAUCGACCAGGUCGGACAGUUCAGCGACAGCAUCGCGUCGCACCCGUCGUACGCGCCCUGGACCGCCAAAAACACCCUCGUCGGCGUCUGGAUGGGCGUCAACGACGUCGGCAACUCGUACUACAAUGAGGGCGUGGACGAGCUCCUGGUCAAGAUCAUGGACAAGUAUUUCGAGCAACUGCAGACCAUCUAUGAUGCCGGCGCGCGCAACUUUGUGCUCCUCACCGUUCCGCCCAUUACCAAGACACCCAUGAUGCUCGCGCAGUCCGACGACGCGCGGGCCCAGGAAGACGCAGUGAUCACGCAGUACAACUCCCUGAUCGCAUCGCGGCUCGAGGCCUUCUCGGCCGCCAACAAGGGCGUCACGGGCAAGGUGGUCGACACGGCCGCGCCCUUCGACACGGCCAUCGCGGACCCGGAGGCCUACGGGGCGCCCAACGCAACGUGCUACGCCGAGGACGGCAACUCGUGCCUGUGGUUCAACGACUACCACCCGGGUAUUGCCAUCAACAAGUUGGUGGCGCAGGCGGUGGCGGAUGCUUGGUUAGGCAGUUUCUUUUAA